GGCCCCGCGAGCCGCGCGCGGCCCGGCCGCCCCGGGCGCUGCGCCCGACGCUCGCGCCAGUGUGGCCGUCGACGCGCGCUGGCGACGGCGCGCCGCAACAUGGACUCCAUACGAAAGUGGUUCUACAGGCCCAAGAGGGAGGACAAGAGCCUGCUGGCGCAGUUCUUCUACGCGGACGAGUCGCUCAACGGCGUGGCCUGCGAGCUCGACUCGUUCGACGGGCGCCAGGAGCCGGAGCGCUGCAGCAGCCUGGUCAACCAGCUGCGCCACUGCCAGGACCGGGUGCUCGGCAUCUGCAACCAGAUCAUGGACGAGCUGAUCCCGGAGGCGCGCGCCAACCGCGACUUCCGCGUCAAGUUCCCGGACGACGUGAUGCAGGAGAACCUGGCGGGCCAGCUGUGGUUCGGCGCCGAGUGCCUGGCCGCCGGCUCGUCCAUCCUGAACCGCGAGGCCGAGUCCUCGGCGAUGCGCCCGCUCGCCAAGGCCCUCACCAAGAGCCUCGAGAUCGUGCGCAGCCUGCUGCGCGAGCAGGCGCUGCGCCAGGGCCAGCUGCAGGAGCUGCGCGCCCUCGAGCAGAGCGAGCCCGCGGCCGAGAAGCUCGUCGAGUCGCUCAAGAUCUUCGACCGGCUGUUCGCCGACUUCGAGCUUUGCUACGUGGGCGCCAUGGUGCCCGUCAAGUCCACGCGGGAGUACGAGCAGCAGGAGCUCGUCUGCGUGCUCUUCUCCGAGACGCUGCAGCGGGCCCUCGGCCGGGGCCUGCUCGCCCAGCAGGACGUCGACAACUACGAGCCGGCGCUCAUGUUCACCAUCCCGCGGCUGGCCAUCGUGGCCGGCCUGCUGGCCGCGCCGGGCGGGCCGCUCUGCCUCGACAACCACGACGACAUCAGCGAGAUGUUCCGGCCGUUCAGGACGCUGCUGCUCAAGAUCAGGGAGCUGCUCUGGACGCUCAACAGCCGCGAGCUCUACAUGCUGGAGAAGCUGCUGUGCUCCAUCGAGGAGCCGGCCGCCAGCUCCGCCGGCGGCGCGGCCCAGCGCCAGGCUGACCCGGACCUGCACGAGCUCGUCAGCGGCUUCUACAGCGGCUAUCCCAACUGCAAGCACUUCGUGGCCGACUUCUACACCGUCACCCGCAACAACGGCAGCAACAUGGACGAGGUGGCGAACGACGCGGUGCUCGGCCUCGAGCAGCGCCCGGCCGGCUCGUCUCGGCCCUCGCCCCGGGCCUCGCCGACGGCCGGCGCCUCCGACUUGUACUCUUGUGACUCCGCGUCCGUGACCGUGGAGAUUCCGGCUCAGUACUUGUUGAAUCAGGUGUCGCGCGAGGGCGCCAGCACGCCCGCCGAGGCCGCGCCGAUUCGGCACGCGCCCACCGACGUCCACUCGAAGAAGCUCAUAUCGGAGGCCAACAAGAGCUUGUCGAACCUGCUGCUCGAGGCGGACUCCCAGAACGACAUCUCCGAGCAGACGGACUCGGGCCUCUGCACCAUGAUAUCCUCGGAGAACACCAGCCUCUACGACAAGAGCCCCGAGGAGAAGAAGGCCUUCCCUAGCGAGGCCGAUCGGCUGAACGCGGGCGACGUCGUCGCCGGCACGGUGCCGCAAGCGAGGACCGAUGACGCGGAGCGUCCGGAACCGCAGCAGCCCGAGCAGCAACAGCAGCAGCAGCAGCAGCCACGGCAGCGGCCGCAGGAGGCUGAGGAGGAGGAGGAGGAGGAGGAGGAAAACACCAGCUACUCGUGCUCGAACCUCAACUCGCCCAAGCGGCGCGACUCGGACAAGCCCGGCCACGCGUGCGUCUGCCGGAGUCGGGGCUCCAAGGCGGCCGCCUACCUCCAGCGGCAGCGGCCCUCGCUGGACGGCUGCAAGGCCGGCGCGCUGUCCCCCGACCAGUCGAUCGGCGUGCACAGCUGCGGCGAGCAGGAGAUCGUCGGCGUCGCCUACGGCAGCGGCCAGCUGCCCGUCUGCGACGCCAACCAGCCCGGCUUCCGGGUCAACUACACGGAGAACUGGGAGAACCUCGGUUUGAACAUCGGAGCGUCGACGUCGCGCAGGGAGUUCUGGAGCGAGCUCCAGUGCCGGGACUGCCCUUCGGGCUCGCGGGCCCAGCCGCCACCGACGGCCGCUGACGCGCAGGACAAGCAGGCGGCGGCGGCGGCGGCGGCGGCGGCGGCGGCGGCGGCGGUGGCGGCGGUGGCCGAGGAGCCGCCGAGGAGCGCCGGGAGCUCGCGCUCCAACUCGACCGACAGGAGCCCGCACCCGCGGCUCGUCGACUUCGGGGCGAGCCUGCACCCCAGCCAGAACACGCGCCAGAUGCCCAGCUUUGGCGCUCGCAGCCCGCGCGCCAGUCCGCGCAUGCAGCACUUCGAGCCCAGGGCCCACGGCCGCAAGCUGCUCGACCACCGGCGCUCCCGGUCCGAGCAGCUGCAGCGACUCCGGAGGCGCGACGGCCUCAAGAAGAGGCUCGACUGCCAGGGCGCGCUGGCGGCUGCCAGGCGGAGGUCCGACGCCGAGCUGAAGAACGACGGCCUCGGGCCGCGGACCAACAAGAGCGGCAUCGCCGCUCGACCGGAGGCGGCCCAGCCGAAGCCGCCGCCGGGCGAGAGCGACGGCCGCCAGUCGAGCUCCAGCUGCUCGAGCUGCUACGACACCAGCUCGGAGACCAGCGAGUUCCAGAGCGACUGCCAGGACGACGAGGAGAUCGCCCUCGCCAUGCAGGCCGCCGAGAUCGCCAACCGCAACCAGAUCCGCGCCAAGUUCAGGUCGUCCGAGGACUUGGUGCACAGGCUGUUCGUCUGCAUCGCCGGAGUGGCGGACCAGCUGCAAACCAACUUCGCGUCCGACCUGCGCAACAUCCUCAAGUGCGUUUUCCUCAUGAACAGCAGUCAGCCGGCGAGCGAGGGCGAGGACGCCGGCGAGGGCGCCGGCGAGGGUGCCGGCGAGGGCGCCGACGAGGGGGAGGAGUCCGCGGAGGCGGAGGCGGCAGCCGCGCCCGAUCCACGGCCCCGGGCCCCCGACGUGGAGCAGCCGCCCGCCGCGGAAACAAGUUCGGCGCCGCCGGAGCGAGGCGAGGAGUGCCUGGAGCGUCUGGAGCGCGUGGAGCGCGCGCCCGUCUGGGUGCCGGACAGCGUGGCCCCGCGCUGCAUGGCCUGCCAGGCGGGCUUCACGGUGGUGCGGCGCCGCCACCACUGCAGGAACUGCGGCCAGGUGUUCUGCGGGCGGUGCAGCAGCAACAGCGUGCCCCUGCCGCGCUACGGCCACACCAAGCCCGUCCGCGUCUGCAACCGGUGCUACCUGUACCAAGUGACGCCCUUCACCGUCUCCUCGCAGUUCGCCUCGAGCAGCUGAAGAUCGAGCCCGCCCCGAGCCCCGCGUGGCAAGUCGAUCGCGCGCCCCAGUGUCCGUGGAGCUCGUGCUCUUCUAGUGUCAACGUUCGCGCGUAUCCGACGAGGGCCGAGUGGUCGAGGGCAGCUCCGAGCGUCGAUCGACCAGCAACGGAUAAGCAAAGCGACCGACGCGAGAGUCUCCGAGGCGCAUUAUCGAGCCGCGGUAUGUCUGUACCAGUUGAUAAAACUACGGGGAUACGUUGGCUCGUGGACUUGCUCGCACGGGAGGCGUGCCGGAGAAGCCAGUUUCCGGACUGGCUUCACUCUGGGACUGCAAUCCCGACGACGUUAUCUUGUGACGCUUGUAUUUCAACUUGUAAAUGAUGUACAUAAAUGUCGAUCACGUGAGCGUUAAACAAAACUGCCUACAGCGAGUAUUCCUUGGCGCGCGAAUGUCGGUUCCCGGCUUCACGGAGGUCAACAUUGCAGACUCCCGUGCCAACUUUAACGGACAAUAACGAACAACGUCUCCGCCUUUGUUUCGAUGCUUUCUCCUUUUCUUUUGCUGGAAACUACGUUUCGGUGCGCCGACUGCUCGAUUACCAAGGAAUAUUCAAUUUAGUACUCGUGCGUUCGGACCUGAAAGACUGUUUUCAAACGUAGGUGUUAGAGUAUCGUAGCCAAUUGGAACCUGAUCGACUAUGGUCUCAGCAGCACACCGUCGUGUAACUCGACGUGUAGAUUAUUCAGUGACGAUCGAUUGAGCCGUGAGAUAUCAUCUUUUUUACAUCUACUUGUCUCAUUUCAACGUGUAGGACGGACUUGAAUUUCAUGGUCCUUUAGAAAAUUUAUGCAUGCGAUCAAUUUUCAACUUUUAUAAUAUCAAUGGAGUGUUCAGAAGCACGGAUUAUCGGACAAAUCUUUCUUGUGCUGUUGAUCCCGACGGUACCUGCCGACACAUUCCAUCUACGCAAUUUGUGUACGCAUGCUUGUACUACAUAUUCAAUUGCAGGCGCGCAUGUGCGAGUAAAAAUAACGAAAGUGGCCUAGCGUGAAUAAGCGACUUGCAUAAUUUUUCAGUCGAGAUCGCCGUCGCGAACACUUGUUUCGGAUUGCUUCUAACGUUUGUGUGUCUGUCAAAUAAAAUAUUGCUACUGGUUGUCAAACCUGCGACCCACAGGUUUCCAAUGUAAAUUCUUAUGUAUAAAGUGUAUCGUGAUAAAUAAGUGAAUUCCAACACCAACUUGACUGUUUGACUUUGCUGUUUGACGGUGUUUUUAUAUCCAAGUUGACACGAAUGACCAAGCUUGUAUAAUUAUAAGAAUUUUCUUUACGACUGAACUAACAAGCGAACUGUAAGCGUAAGAACAGAAUAUGUUAUUUUUUUAUAAAAUAACUCUUGUUUAAUUUUUAUACAUUUAGUAGCGUCGAUUGUGUAUUGUUAAAGAAUAUGAUUGAAAAGUAACUUAUAUAGGGAUACGCGCAAAUCUUUCGCCCGUGUUUAUAUUAUUUUGCGGAGAUUCGUCUGCACGUAUGCAUGGUACAUCGAGAUUUAGAAAAUUUGCCUCGAGUGAGUAGCGAGUGACGCAUCGACGCGACUCGAUAGUUUACUACAGGACGAUUGCAUUGAUUUGCUUGUAGCCCGUUUAAUUGAGCCCAUUAUUCAAAAAAUAAUUCUUGAACACUGGAUCUUCAACGUAAUAUUAACCUGUCGGUUGGGCUAAACAAUUGAACGUCGAUGCUUAUAAUUCAGCGACUUUUCAAGAAUUACCUUUGGAUAAUCAAUGCCGUCGUAUAAACCCAGUCUGCAUAAUUACUCUGAUCAUACAAUAUACUUUGCUCCGUAUUGUUAUACCUACUCGAGGAAAAAUGGGAAGGCAGAUCGGCCCAAAUCUCGUUGCGCUAUGUGUACACGCAAGCGGACCUUAUAAUAUGUAAGUUUGUUGUUUUCUCUGGUUUAUAAUGCAGUAAGAGGUGUGCUCCCGAUAGGAAGACAAAAUACAUUUGAAGGCUUUACGUGCGAGUGCAAUAAAUUACGAAAUCGUUUGAACAAGAUGAAUGUCUCCUUUUGAUAUCAUUCGAUUCGGCAUCAAGCCGGCGAAUUUACGCGUGGCUAAUAAAAGACGACAGUGUAAAAUCAUUUAUGCUUGAUGGUUAUCAUCAAUUCAAAAAUAGUCACUUGGUAGAAUGCAAUGACAAUGUUUCGCGGACGAGGACAAGUAAGUAAGUGCGAACAGACUGACGAACGAUAAAGAUAAAGACGAAGAUGAAGAUGAAGAUGAAGCGAGGUAUCCCUUGAUGAGCUAUCAAAUGAAUAUCGUGAGAAAUGGAUGUAGGAGUCACGGUAAAAUUGGGACGAUUGGCCAACUUCGACAGUUGCUUUCGUUGAAUCGUCGUGCAAAAAGUUGCGUAUGCUAUAACUUGGUAGAUAACAGAUAAUUCAUCGAUAGCCAAUAUCUAACUUGUCAAUUUUAUGUUUAGAGGUUUUCGGCCGAGAUUUCAUUCGUAUUAAAUAUUGUAACAUUUAUGACGACAGAUAAUGGGUGUAAAUAAAAUUUGUU